AUGGACUCGCGCGCCGAGCUUGGCGACGACUCGACACCGCACAGAACGAUUUGGACGAUCGUCCGCACCUGCCUAGCCACCAUCAUUGCUUGCACAUGGGUCGCUGUACACCCCAACAUACCGGGUCCUAAACAUGGACUCCUCAGAAUACUAUUUACGCGACUGGGAAUAAUGUUCAUGGUACUCAUCGCCCCCGAAAUGAUCAUUACUUGGGCGGCCCGUCAGUAUCUUGCGGCACGGGAGAUUCAGAGGGAUUUGGGUGACUUGGACAAUUCGUCGGAUAAUCUGCCUUGGUAUAAACGCAGUACGUACAAGUUGCGCACUGAGGCACAUAUUCAAGGCCUUUUUGAUGGAGAGUUCAAGGUUGACAGUCGCAAAGAGUGGACCAUAGUUCACUCAUAUUUUCUGUUAAUGGGAGGCUUUGCAAUACACGACCAGCAUGAUAACUCCGUCAAGACACUCGACUUGCAAAAAAUGAUCGAGCUGAAGAAGAAAAAUAGGAUCAGACAGUGGCCACCUGUCGCAGAAACCGACCUCACAGACAAAAGCAAAGGAGACUUCUUCUCAAAAGGUGUCGUUAUUGUUCAAAUUUCGUGGUUCGUCGUGCAAUGCAUCGUUAGGAAACUGCAGAGGUUGACGCUUACACAGUUGGAGAUUGCCACCCUUGCCUAUGCACCACUUACUUUGGCACUGUAUGUACUUUGGUGGGACAAGCCCCUCGGCGUCAGACACCCUGUUGUUGUGGAACUCACUCAAGAAUAUCAUUGGAUAAGCCCUUUGUCAAUCCAUGAAACCAGGCCAACUCCGAGCAUGACCGAUGCACUUGAUUGGUUUGAGGAAGGUGCCAGGGUUAAGCUUUGCAGACUUUGGUCAAGUCUGGGAGUUUUCCAAAGGACAGCAAUAAUCUGUCUGGUUCUCCUUCUGUCACCGUUGAUUAUACCUAUGUUUACGCUCGGUGUAGCCUUACUUCUGAUCAUGGCGGGUCUGGCAAUUUCCGUCCCCAUUCUCCUGUUCCAGAGAACCGAGAUCGCGGCGGAGGGUGACCAUGUUCCUGCCCUUUACGCUCCUAUGAUCGCCAGCGAAAAAUGGAGAACAUUUUGCCAAUACGUGUGCCCGGCGAUAGUAGGUUUCAUAUUCGGAGGUAUCCACGCCUUUGCGUGGUUUGCCUCUUUCCCAACGACGUUCGAAAAGUGGGCGUGGAGAGCAGCGACAAUCACGAUCGGCACGUUCUUCGGGUGGAGGAUAUAUAGGUUGUUGCUGAAAUUAUUCAAGGACGUGUCGGAGAAGUGCACUUGUGGUGUUCUUUUUGUCGGUCUACCUGGAUUUUUGAGUGGUCUUCUAAAUGCGUGCUUCUUGUGGUUCCUUUGUACGGUUUUCGUGCCUGCUCGUAUUGCACUUUUGGUUCUGCCUUUCACUUCUCUCAGGGCACUCCCUGCUGGAGCGUUCCGAGAUAUCGAUUGGGUAUCCAUUAUUCCUCAUAUAUAG